AUGACUUUUCCAUCCCUGCUCUCUAAAAUGAUCCAAGAAUCUGAGGACAAGUUUGAUCCUUCGAAAGAUCUUAAUGUCAGCUUUGAGUACCAGUGCAACACCACCUGGAGCCCUACUCCAAAGCCGCCCUGCGAUUUUGAAAUAUGUACGGGGAUUCAAAUACAAAGUUCUAUGAUGAUGAUGAGGAGCAGUUCCUCAUUCUCCUGCCUCUCAGGUGCCGCCCUUAGCGCCAAUGCUACCUUGGCGAACACGAACAUAUGCAAUGGCAUCAUCGGAGAAGGAAUACUGCCUGGGCUGGAUUCCCCCAAGUCAUUCAAGCGCCUGUCGUCUUCUCCGUCCCUUUCAAAGCUAGACCUUCCGAACUCAUCUUCUCACAGUAGCAUCUCUACCUUGGGUGGAAGCACCCAGUCUGACAAUGAACCGAUCGAAAACGGGAAGAGUAUACCGACCCAUUCAAGUGCUCCGAUGAGGCUGGAAUCAUACAGCUUCCUCAACGCGAUGGACAUCCAAUUGGCAGGAGGAGCGGCAGGAGAAGAUCGCGUUCAGGCCGUGUGCUCCGAGGAAAAUGGCUGGCUGUUCUGUGGAAUUUAUGAUGGAUUCAAUGGGAGAGACGCCGCAGACUUUUUAGCUGGAACUUUCUACGACAGAAUAGGACUAUCUCUGCAGAUUUUGGAGUGGCACAUGAAGCAGGAGGCCACAGCCGUUUCACCUGGCAAAGCUCCUCCGAGACUGGGGGGAAUCGACAGAGAACUCACUGAUUCUGAAGUUGAAGACAAAUUGAAACUGUUUUCUAUCGAUGCUGAUGGAGGCAUUUCUCCUGAAUCUUACCGUGAUGGCGUGCUGAGAUCCCUCACUUAUGCCCUCGCUCAAGCUGAGAAGGAUUUCAUGUACAUGGUUGAGCAAGAGAUGGAGAACCGCCCCGACCUCGUCUCUAUUGGGUCUUCCGUCCUAGUUAUGCUCCUUCAUGGGUUAGAUCUGUACAUCCUGAAUCUGGGGGACAGUAGAGCAGUCCUGGCCACCACCCAAAACGGUUACCUGCAAGCCGUCCAACUCACAGAGAUCCACUCAGUAGACAAUGAGGUCGAGUACAACAAGGUCAUCGCUGAUCAUCCAGAUGAUCCUUCGCCAAUCACUGGCGGGAGGUUGAAAGGGAAGCUGAAACUGACCCGCGCACUUGGUGUUGGUUACUUGAAGAAGGUAUUAUUCUUUCUAGUUUCCUCAUUUGUGUGUAUGCCAUGUGGGCUGUCUAAUUCUGAUCUCUUCUCUCCGAUCUAAUUAUGCAGAGUAACUUGAAUGAUGCACUCAUGGGCAUCCUCCGAGUUCGCAAUUUGAUCAGCCCCCCAUAUGUCUACACUCAUCCCUUUACUACAUCCCACAGAGUGGCAGAGAACGACCUGUUUGUUGUCUUGGGGAGUGACGGCCUCUUUGAUCAUUUCAGCAAUGACAACGUGGUCAAACUUGUUCAUCAGUUUGUGCAGGAACACCCGUUUGGUGAUCCUGCAAAGUUCCUGAUCGAGCAGCUCGUAUCAAAAGUCGCUGAAACUUCAGGUAAGAUUUAACCCUUUCUAAGUUUAAUCAACAGAUGAGCGUAGUGAAAUGGGCUUUUUGCGCAUACCUUCUCCUUAAUAUUUAAUCUCGUUAGGACGCCAAUUGAAAGGAAAAGAGUGAAGCCCAAGUGUCACAUCCCAUCUCUCCCUUUAAUGAUAUGAAACCAUGUUUCGAGUUCUAAGACGUUUUAUGCCGUUUUUAUUAUUAUAACUACCUCACCCUACGCUCUUGGUCAUGGAUACCCGUCGCACAAUUUAGCACAAGAAUCAAUACCAGCCCUCUUUAGCAUGCCAACCCUCCUUUUCCAGCAGCGUUUGCCUCUACUAUAACGUAAUCGUCAGUCAUGUAGGUAGGCUUUAAUCCACAAAGAAAAUACCCGCUAAGGCUGCUUUGAACCAUGACUGAUGUCUGAUGUCUAGGAUUGGCUUUGCCAGCACAUAUGAAUCUCUUGAGGGCCAUUAACAACGCUUUGAACCAUGCUAUUUCAGGCUUCAGUGUGGAAGAGUUGAUGAGGAUCCCGGUCGGGCGGAGGAGAAAGUACCAUGAUGAUUUGACGGUCAUCGUGAUCAUCCUCGGGAAUAAGCAGCGGAUGUCGACUGCAUCGACGUCUCUUUAG